AUGAAGGGAUAUCUGAAAAUUAGGAACCAAAAGGCAAAAUCUGGCUACCAUAAUGAUGUGGGGCACAAAACAGAGGACUAUUUCUCGUACAAAAAAUACCUAGAUGAAUUGGCAGUUGCUAGACGCCUAAAUAAUGUUUUAGGAGAACAGCAGCAAAAUGGGCAGAAUGGCCAACAGGAGGAGAAUCAAGCGACGACAGAGCACCUUAGGGGGAUAAUCCAUGUCGUCCAUGGAGUUGUGCAUCUAGAUCGAAUAGAACCAACUAGAGAAGAGAUGCAAAAAGAAGCACAUGUCAGGGAAGUCUACAAAGCAGAAUACUGUUCAAGGCAUAAGAGGCCAAAGGUUGAAUCUAGCGCUAGGGGUCAAGUAAUUUCAUUUUCAGAAGAAGAUACGCAAUGGUUAGUCCAACCGCACUCAGAUGCUCUAAUUAUUAAACUGGAUCUCGAUGGGCUCGGAGUGGAAAGGAUAUUGGUAGAUAAAAAAGCGCAAUAA